AUGGUAGAUGUAGGAGCGUAUGGCCGAAAUAGUGAUGGUGACAUUUACCAAGAGUCGUUAAUGGGAAAAAUGUUUGAAAGCAGUCAAUUAAAUGUGCCACCGAAUAAACCUAUAAACCAAAAUACAGAACCUUUACCCUACACUAUUGUGGCAGACGCGGCAUUCCCACUGAAAACGUAUUUAUUAAAACCGUAUAGUAAAGCUAAAUUAGUUAAUAAUAACUCAAAUAAAAUAUUUAAUUAUCGCUUAUCACGUGCUCGCCGUACUGUAGAAAAUGCAUUUGGAAUAUUACGAGCUAGAUAUAGAGUGUUUCAGGCACCUUUACAAGUACAACCAAACAUGGCGGACAAGAUCGUACUUGCUACCUGCUGCCUUCAUAACUUUUUGACCCAAGACACACAGGAAACACAAGAAACUUUGAUGGAUGAAAGCGAGGUGAGCGACGGUAAUGGCUUAGUAGACAUCGAACCGUUAAAUAGAAAUCCAUCUCAAGAAGCUAUUCAAGUUCGUGAAGCAUAUAAAACAUAUUUUGUAAGUCCCCAGGGACAAGUUCCAUGGCAAAUGCAAGCUAUUACACAAGGUAGAACACGGUUUAAUUAA